AUGUAUUUUAGCAAUAAAGCUUCUUCUUUUAGUAAUGCAGAAACCAAUACAGAUUUGAAUAUGCAGUAUGAUUCAAUGAUACAUGUCGAAUAAAUGUCUAAGAUGAACAAUACUAAAAUUCGUUUGUAUUGUUAAUUAGCAGAAUAUGAAGGGAAAUUGUAUAAUUCAUAUUUAUAGAGUAGACCUAACUUUAAUGAAUUACUAUUUGAUCCCUCUAGUUUGGGCAGAUAUAAGAAUUUUGUUGGAGCAUCUUCGAAGAUUGCAAACUAUAUAAAACUACUUGAUCCGAAAAUAAGAAAGGAAUUUAUUGUUGAAGAAAAGUAUGAUGAUUAUUUGAAGUAAAUGAUUUAAUAACUAUUAAAUAAAGGCAAUCAAGUAACACUAAAAAGGAGUGUGAUAGAAUUAAGGCUUUAAUUGAUCAACAUAAUUCUAUUUAUACACUUAAUCUUAAAGGUAUAGAAGGUAUUGAAUAUUCUCGUAAGAAUAAUUAAAAGAAAAGGAUUCCUUGUAAAUUGACAUCUAUUUCUACUGCAAGACAAUCAGAAUCAACAACUAAUGAAUAUAUAAAAGAUGUGGAUUUAAGGAGAAUUCAUGCAACAUAAAGAGGAAGAAAAGUCAAAGUAAAGCCAUUAAAAUAUAAAUAAUAAUCUGAAUUGAUUUUUAAUGAUUCUCCAAGAAGUGUACCUUUAUAACCAGUUAGACGAUCAUAAUUGUACUAACUCCUUGUUAAUUGA